AUGAAGAGUUUGCACAGCGAGAACGCGAGAGCGCCAUACCCCGAAACUGACGUCGAGCAGCUGGCUCAGGAGGUCACGCCAAAAGUGAUCGCACAUUGGACCCGGCUCCACGCCAUCGUCGAGCGACACGAGCUCUUGAUCCACCAUCUAUGGAGGAAGAAGACCAAGAUGAAGCGCCGCGAGCUGCUCCUCAGCGCAUGGCCGAACAUGCCGGAAGUGCAUCGGCCGGCGAGCUUCACCAAACGCGGUUCUUUCCGAGACGGAAGGGAGAGAGAUUUCGUAGACGCGAGCAAUUGGCCGUAUAUCAACCUCGAGGACCUUGUCGAACCAAAAGCGCUGCUCCUGUUCAUCAAUGCACGAGCGCGCAAUCACCCGCAUACGUUUGCGUUGACGGAGCUGGACUUUGUUGCAAGUGUGACCUUGCCCAUUCCAGUCAGUAGCCGUGGCCCAAAGAGCAAGAUGCGACUUAAUGGCCCGACCGACUCGGGAAGCUACGGUACUAUCAUUGAAUUUCCCCAUGAAGCGUUGGCUGCAGGAUUCGAAAACACCAGGAAAGGUCUCAGCGUAGCGGACGGUAUAAAGGUCUUAUGGAUCCAAGAACGUAUCCUCCGUUUCCUGGUUGAAUACUACGAGAGAAUCCUUCAUGAUCGACCUGCUGAGUCUUUGACCAGCGAGGAUUCUCCUGAUGUGGGCACGACUUUCGCAGACGCAGCGGCAAAGGCACCCUACCGUGCCCGAACGAGUCUGGAUCUUCCUCGACUGAAACAUCUGGUGUCUUCGCUCUUCAGCGCGGCGGCGAGAGACCAUGUCUGGGCCCUGCGGGAGGAUCCGAGCUAUUUUGCCGAAGAGGUUGAGAAGGAGAAAGACCAUUCUCCCGAGAUGGUGCCGGAUCAACGGGACCAGAUCCACGAAUGCGUCAAGACGGAAGCCUUCAUGUCUCGCGUCCUCAACCGGGUCGUCAUGCAGUCGCACACCCUUCUCAUCUUCUGGGACCAGCUUCUUCAGCAAAUGGCCAGGAUAGAAGAAAUCUCCCGGAGGUAUCCGGGAGGAAUCGACCCUGUUCAGCUUAAAACAAACGAUUAUGCCAAAGCGUUAGCGGAAACUUUUGCCGUCCUCUUCACUAUGAAGAUAUUCCUUGAGCAGAAAUACCACCAUGACGAGAACUGGACGCCCUCUCGAAGACUGUUUCUCGGCCACCCCAUGGCCGUCAUUGGAGACCGACGAAGACAGAAAGGGAUGGAAUGCGUUUGCCAUUGUGAGCUUCAGCCGUCGUAUUGGAAGUUGAUAUGGAAAAUGUUGGAUGAUUGCGAAUACCGCAGCGUGUUAAAUAAGCCCUUGGAGCCAUGGAAGCAAUUGCUCGAGAAGAAGUUUGAGGGCAUCGUCGGCCAGGGCCGCUUGGGAGAUCCGUCGGAUGGGAAAUUCAACUAUCCGAAGCAUAGAGCUCGAAACCAAGAGAACGUGGAGGCCAUGCAGAAAGCGGAGGAAAACUUGGACCGAUUUUGGAACUACGUCGACGACAACUUCCAGAAGUGUACCGGAAACUCCCAACACGAGACGAUUCGACGUGUCUUGACAGAAGGGGGUGCCUUGCGUCGAACAUGCCCUUAG